GAGCCUUGGUUAAAGAGAUAAAAGAAAGUAAGCCUUUCUGGUGACAGUGCAGUCUCCCUGCUCACCCAGCCUUGGGCAAGGACCCAGAGACCCCAGGUGCUGAGCUGAGGGGCUGACGUACGAGAGAACUAGAGGAGGACUGAGCAAAAUCAUGAUAUUUCCAUGGAAAUGUCAGAGCGCUCAGAGGGGCUUAUGGAAUGUCUUUAAGUUGUGGGUCUGGAUUGUGCUCUGCUGUGGUUUCUGCACUCAUCAUGGCACCGAUUGCUGGACUUACCAUCAUUCUGAAAAACCUAUGAAAUGGUCACUGGCUAGAGAGUUCUGCCGAGAACAUUACACAGAUUUAGUUGCCAUACAAAACAAGGGGGAGAUCGAGUACCUGAACAAGACGCUGCCCUUCAGUCGUUACUACUACUGGAUAGGAAUCCGGAAGGUAGGAGGGGUAUGGACUUGGAUGGGAACCAACAAAUCUCUCACCGAAGAAGCCGCGAACUGGGGCGAUGGGGAGCCCAACAACAAGAAGAGUAAGGAGGACUGUGUGGAGAUCUACAUUAAGAGGACCAAAGACUCAGGGAAAUGGAACGAUGACUCCUGCCACAAGCCGAAGGUGGCCCUCUGCUACACAGCUUCUUGUGAGACCUGGUCAUGCAGCGGCCAUGGACAAUGUGUGGAAAUUAUCAACAAUUACACCUGCAACUGUGAUGCGGGGUACUAUGGGCCCCAGUGUCAGUUCGUGACUCAGUGUGAGCCGUUGGAGGCCCCAGAGUUGGGUACCAUGGCUUGUAUUCACCCCUUGGAAAACUUCAGCUUCAGAUCACAGUGUACCUUCAACUGCUCCGAGGGAACAGACAUAAUUGGGAUUGAAGAAACCACUUGUGGACCAUAUGGAAACUGGUCAUCUCCAGAACCAAUCUGUCAAGAAUUGGAAAGGAAUGUCACAGCCAUCGAGGUGGGAGACUAUAACCCCCUCUUCAUUCCCGUGGCAGUCAUGGUGACUGCAUUCUCUGGGCUGGUAUUUAUCAUUUGGCUGGCAAGGAGAUUAAAAAGAAAAGGCAAGAAGUCUCAGAGAAGGUGAGUUUCAUCAGGUAGAAGUUUCUACAUAUGUUGAUCUCUACCCUCCCCCGGAUGGUCCAUAUUAAACCACCUGCUGUGGCAGAGUAUUCCAGGGAUACUGAAGUGUCACUGGAUCCUUCACAUCCCUCCUUGAGAAGCUGUGCCUGGUGGCAUCUCCUCCACUGAAGCUGAAGUGUGUCUCUUUCAGGGCAUCUGACAAGUUCUCAGCAUGACCAGCAGCGUCUUCUCUUCCCAUUUUGCUCCUCAUCCACCCGCCCACCCCUCCUUCAGCCUGAAGUUGUGGUUUUUACAGCCCACUCUUUUAUUCUCUUUUCCAUGGAGAAACCAGACCACGGGGAAAGGUGACUGUGGAAUCUAGACAUGUUGAUUUCACUCUUUCUUCACUCUGGCUCCCAGUUUCAAUUCAGUGCUCGACCUGAUGACACACAUUUCUAAAUGCUGUGAAAAUUGGAUACAUACGCAACUACAGGCUCAAUUUAGUCACAGAUCACAUUUUACCUCUCCAGUCCUCCAGUAUACCAUGGGGGGGUAUUCUUCUAGAAAGUUCAUAAAAUUAAUGUUAUCCUUGCUUUCCAACUCCAGUGAAGUAAGGGGUUCUGCUCCAAAUUGGGGAAGUCCUAUUUGUACUGAAGCCCUACCUUCUAUAAAUGGAGGCCAUUAGAGUUAUGUCUCCAGCCUCCCACCUUCUUCAGCCAUCUCCCCUUCUCAGUUGGCUGACUUCCACACAUGGCUUCUCCUGAGCACCAAACAAAAGGAGAAAGAAAGGAGAGAAGAGAAAGCUACCUUGCAUUAGGUUGGUUGCUUAGUUUGUUAUUUUAAAAAUUAUCAUAUGUGUUUUCUCCUCAGUGAAAUUCUACUCUCCUUAAAGGCAAAGAUCGUGACACAUUUCUGGAGUCUCUAAUUCAUUACCUGGCACUCAAUAAAUGUGUAUUCAAAUAAAUCAGAAAGAGCAUAUAGUGGACUGUUGAUAUAAGUUGAAGCAAACUCUCUCUCCAUGACAUAUGAUAACCCAAACAAUACUUAUCUAAUGUCAAGGGCUGAAUUCUUACAAGGGGAUUGGGUCCUGUGUAAAAACUAGUUGGAAAUGCCUCUUUGCCCUAUGGCCAAUACAGCUUUCAUACACUCUUGUACAUGUUAUGAGAAUGACUUUUUUAUGAUGAUUACACUUUCCUUUCUCAAAGCCAUCUCAGAUUUUGCAUUGCAAAAGGUUCUCUAUGUUGUGCAUCAUAAAUCGAGGAUGUGCCAUUCACAUUCAUGCACCAUGAAUACAUCCCUCAGAGUUGUGCAGUGCACAACAUGUAUAGACUGAUAUGGCAGCCCUGAUUGUGAGAGGUUAUUCAACUAAGACAUCAGGAUAAAAGAACACAAGUGGAGGCUACAUCUUGGGAGUAAGAGGUUUAUAGACUUAAAAACAUGGUCUUAUGUUUAAGUCCUGAGGCUACUACAUGAUCUUAGGAAUUACGUCAUGCUACAUUCCUUAAAUAAAGAUAAGAUUCAUAAAGAAAGAAAUAAAGAUUCAUAACCUUCCUGA